AUGGAUUCCGAACUCAAAUACAAUCGAUAUUACGCGGUUCGGCAGGUAGGCUAGGUUUUGAAAUUUUAGGUAAUAAAUUGGUGAGAAUGGUGAAGAUGGGGGUUGUUUUUUGGGGUAAAACAUGUGCCAUGACGUUAUAGAAGGGUUUUUGUAAAGUAGGGAAGGAUCGGAGAGGAAUUUUUUGAUUUUUUGAUAAAAAUUAUAUUAUCCAUGAGGAUCGGAUGGAAAAGUUGGCAGAAAUGGGGUGCAAUCGGGUUUGAUUGAUGAAAAAUGUUGCUAGAAUUAAGAUAGAUGGUUUUGGCUAUCUUUUUCAACUUCCAGCACCUCCGAACAUUCCCCGAUUGGACGACAACACAAGGAAUUCCGCAAUUUGGACUCGCCAAACGCCGGAUUUGCUGUGGAUUCUGGUUUGUGUGCACAUUGAUCGCGACUGGCCUUUUGUUAUGGCAGGUGAUUCUCUCCAUUACCGAGUACUAUCAACGAGGUGUCAAUGUGAACAUAGAGGUUGGGAAAGAAUCGAUAAAAUUUAUAUUGUUUUAGCUUCAAUUCGAACAACGGGUGUUUCCGGCGGUCACGGUUUGCGACAGCAACCCGUACAAGAACUCCAUGUUGGAUCAGUACCCCAAAGUGAGUGUUUUUGUGGCAUUUUUGGAUUAGUUUUUCCCAACUUUUUCACUUAUAUUACUCUAGGUGAAGCAAGUCUUGGAUACCUACAAAUAUGCGGCCAGAAAGUUGGUCUGCGCCAAGAACGCUGAAUGCAAUUAUGAUGCGAAUAGCACAUUGGAUCAGUUUGAGGAGGAAUAUCGGUUCACGGUAGGCGUUUUUGACAUUAUUUUUAUUGGACUUGUAGGGGAUAAACAACACCGGAGAACUCCGUCAACUCGCCAAAACUUUGACUUAUUUGGCCGCCUCAGAGUACGACAUGAGUCCUGCGAUGGUGUCGAAAAGCGAUUUGGUGUUGGCUUGCAGUUUCAACACGAUCGGAUGCAGUGAUUCGUAGGUGGUUUUUUUGGCAAGGAGAAUAUAAAUUUUGCGCAUAAAGAGGGAAAUUAGGUUGGAAAUUGAAGGCAUAGGUAAAAAGACAAAGUUUCUUUCUUUUAUUUUUGGCAGUUCUUCGAUCGAAAUUUUCAAGGAUAAUAUAAAUUUAGGUAUAAAAAUUAAAAUUUUUGCUGUGAAAGGCAAAUAUUGAGGAUAGAAGUGUUACUGCCAGCUUUUUAGAGUAAAAUACGUAUAAGGAAUCAUUUUAACUUUAAAUUUGAGUCCAAUUUUGAUAAAAAUUUUCUUGGGUAAUAUAAUUUUAGGUAUCAAAAUCAAAAAUUUUUGUUGUGAAAGGCAAAUAUAGAGGAUAGAAAUGUUGCAGUGAGACUUUUAAGGUAAAAUACGUUUAACAAAGCGUUUUAACAUCAAAUUUAAGGCCGAUUUUGAUCAAAAUUUUCACGGAUAAUAUAAUUUUUAGGUAUAAAAAUUAAAAUUUUUGCUGUAAAAUGACAAAUAUAGAGGAUAGAAGUGUUGCAGUAAGACUUUUAAGGUAAAAUACGUUUUUUUAACAUUAAAUUUUAGAUGGUUUUUGAUCAAAAUUUUCAAGGAUAAUAUAAAUUUAGGUAUCAAAAUCAAAAAUUUUUGUUGUGAAUGGCAAAUAUAGUGGCUAGAAAUGUUGCAGCGAGACUUUUAAGGUAAAAUAGGUAUAAAGAAGCAUUUUAACAUUAAAUUUUAGCUAGUUUUUGAUCAAAAUUUUCAAGGAUAAUAUAAUUUUAGGUAUCAAAAUCAAAAAUUUUUGUUUCAGAGGUCUUUUCCAGAUCCAAUUUUUCGUUUAGUGACUGGACCUACCUCCUCGACCCCUACGUCGGCAACUGCUAUCAAUUCAACAUGAAUUCCGAGCAUCAAGCGCAGCGCGCCGGCCCUGUGUAUGGGCUGCGGCUGCAGCUGAAAACGAACGUCAGCGAAUACGUGGCGGUGAACAAUGGCGCCUCCGUGAUCGUCAUGGUGCACGACCAGGACGAGCACGUGAUCCCCGGCUCGGUGGGGUACAAUGUGGAGACGGGGACGCGGACCGAGAUCAGCGUCACGUACACGCAGAUCUCGCGGCUCGGAAGUCCCUACGGAGACUGCUCGGAUGCCAUUCCCGAUGGCUAUUUGUAUGAUGGGAACUAUAAUACGGAGCUGUGUCAGCGCUCGGAGUAUCAGAAGAUGAUGAUUGAGAGCUGCGAUUGCUAUGAUCCGAGGUACCCAACGCCCAAUGACACCAAGGUCGACAAGUGCAAUAUCGACGAUAAUUGUGAGUUUUUCCCCGGAAUUUGGCUGAUACGAAGUGAUGCAAUUUGAUUGAGGAAGAAAUGGAGGGUCCUCAAGGGCAAUUUCAGAGGUUUUUGACCGAUUUUUUCUUGGAAAAUUGAGGUUUUUUAUGGAUUUUGGAAAAAAGUCAUCAAAAUUUGAUGAUGAAUGAUUUUUUUAAAAUUUUUUGACUGAUUUGUGGGGCGAUUAUGAAUUGAAUAAGUUUAUAAUGGACUUGAUUUUGUACUGGGUUGAGAUUUGUAAAGAAAAUUUUCAUUUUUGGGACCUAAGUUUAACCUAAAGUAAUAUACAGGGUGUUCAGAGAAUUAUGGAAAAAACUAUUCAUUAAUAACUUUGCGCUCAGUGGUCCAAUCCGAAAAAAAUUUUUUGCACUUUACAGAAAAACCUUGGAGUUUUUAGAAUCUAAAAAAAAUUUUUUUCUUUUAUCGGCGGAGACUUCCGUAAUCCGCGUUGAAUUCGGCGGAGUGUUUUUUCACGAAAUAAGGCUGUAAAUCGUUGUAUGUGUAAAGAAAUGGGCGGAAGAGGAUACAGAAGAUACAAUAUGACAUUUCUUUCAAAUUUCUGUGCUUCGGCGGAGACAUUUUUUAACCUCGGCGGACGAUUUUUCUUCGACUUCGGAUAGUCAAAAUUGGCUAAAACCAAAGCGUAUGGUAUCCCUAGUGACAUGUCGCUUAAAAACGACUUAUUACGUCUUCAGUCGGCUGGCAGAUGAAAAAAAGGCAAUUCGGCGGAAAAAUCGGCGAAGAAAAAAUGAACGUAUUUAAGAACUUAUGCAAAUUUAUCCGCCGAGCAUCCGCCAAGAAGAAGAUUCAUAUUUUUGGUUGAUCAGGGCCGUAUAAGACCUACAACUUUAGUUUUCUCAUCAUAAUUUCUUAAAUGUGUUAAUUUUUUUCUUCGCCGAUUUCUCCGCCGAAUUGCCUUUUUUUCAUCUGCCCGCCGGCUGAAGACGUAUUAAGCCGUUUUUAGGCUCCAUACCACCAGGGAUACCAUGCUCUUUGGUUUUAGCCGAUUUUGACUAUCCGGAGUCGAAGAAAAAUCGUCCGCCGAGGUUAAAAAAUGUCUCCGCCGAAGCAUAGAAAUUUGAAAGAAAUGUCAUAUCGUAUCUUCUGGAUCCUUUUCCGCCCAUUUUCUUUACACAUACAACGAUUUACAGCCUUAUUUCGUGAAAAAAACACUCCGCCGAAUUCAACGCGGAUUACGGAAGUCUCCGCCGACAAAAGAAAUUUUUUUUUGAGAUUCUAAAAACUCCAAGGUUUUUCUGUAAAAUGCAAAAAAAAAUUUUCGGAUUGGGCCACUGAGCGCAAAGUUAUUAAUGAAUAGUUUUUUCCAUAAUUCUCUGAACACCCUGUAGAGAUUAAUGCAAAGUUUGUUGAAUAUUUCAACGGCCCUUGUAAGGGAGGACCUAAAUUUUUCAGAGGGUAAAAUAUAAAGGUUAGAGAGCAUAUUUGCCAAAUUUGUCAAGGAAAGUACUUCUAUGGGGUAUGGGGUUACUGGUCGAGACAUAUAUCAAAAAAAUCGCAAUUUUUCUGAUUCAGAAUAUGCAAAAGUUAGCUGCCCAAUUUUGGUUUGUAAGGGUGAAAAAAAUCGCCAGAACUUUUCCCGCAACACCACACAGAUGCCCUUUUAAUACAAUAUACAGUGUGGGACCUGAUCCAGUGGCAAAAAACAUACCAUUUUGCAUCGGAGAAGUAUAAAAAAUGUGGCAAAAUGCUUCCCUCUCCAAGUGAAAAAACUUCUUUUUGAAGGGCCCUCACGAAAAGAGCGGGCGCGCUUAUGAAAUCUGAGUUUUUUUCACUUGGAAAGGGAGGUAUUUUGCCACAUUUUUUUGGUGCUUCCUGGAUGCAAAAUGGUACGUUUUUUGCCACUGUAUCAGGUCCCACACUGUAGAAAAAGAGCGUUUGUGUGGUGUUGCGAGAAAAGUUCUGAAGGUUUUUACCCCCUUGCAAACCAAAAUUGGGCAGCUAACUUUUACAUAUUCUGAAUCAGAAAAAUUUUGCGAUUUUUUUGAUAAUGUCGCGACCUGUAGCUCCAUAAAGUACUUUCCUUGUCAAAUUUGGCAUAUAUGCUUUCUACCCUUUAUAUUUCAUCCUCUGAAAAUUUUAGGUCUUGCUUUACAAGGGCCGUUGAAAUAUUAAACAAUCUUUGCAUUAAGCUCUAUAUAACUUUAGGCCAAAGUUAGGUCCCAAAAAUAAAACUUUCCUUUAAAAAUCUCAACUCCCUACAAUAUGAAGUCCAUUAUAAACUUAUUCAAUUCGUAAUCGCCCAACAAAUCAGUCAAAAAGUUCUUAAAAAUUCAUUCAUCAUCAAAUUUUGAUGACUUUUCUCCAAAAUCCAUCAAGAAACCUCAUUUUUCCAAGAAAAAAUCUGUGAAAAAUCUCUGAAAUGCCCUCCAUUUCUUCCUCAAUCAAAUUCCGUUUAACUUUGGGUCAAAAUUAGGUCCCAACAAUAAGAAUUUUUGUUACAAAUUUUUUUUAUCUCAACCCAUUAAUUUCCUUGUGAAACAAAUCCACAAACUUUGCCAAAUUUUAUGGCCAUUUCUUUCCAGUGAGCUGCUGGCUUGACUAUAAUAACCAAACCGUGGGCGAGGACUGCUAUCAGCCCUGUAAUGACGGCGUCUAUGCGGUCACAAUAUCCAGCGCGACUUGGCCCACGUCCGUGGGCACGGUCGUGGCCGGCUGCUACGAGAACGCGUACCCCGAGGGCUGCCAAAAAGCGUUCGGCGAGAACGCGGCGUGGGUGGAGAUUUACUACGAAAAAUUGAAUUACGAAACGAUGGAAGAGAGUCCCGCCGCCACCGUGUCGUCGGUCCUGUCCGACAUUGGAGGCCAGAUCGGGCUGUUCCUGGGCAUGAGCGUGAUCUCGUUCGUGGACUUUGUUAUAUUGUUCUUGCAGGUGAGAAAAAAAAAGAAAAAUUGGGAUUUUUUGUAAAAAUCAAAAUUUUUGCGGGGUUUUUUGAAGUUUUUAGGGGUUUUCUGAGAAUUUAGAGGGCAGUUGAUGUGAUUCUAGGCACUUGAGAAAGUUUGAGUACGAUUUUUUUUUUUGGAAUUUCGGAAUUUUUUGAAAAUUUUUGGGCAAUUUUUCGAUUUUUUUGGAUUUUUAAAAAAUUUUAGGUAGUAUCUAGAAAUUCUGAGGACUUCCGAACCUAUUUCGGGGUCUUUUUACAAAUUUUUACAUCGAUUUUUGCCAUGAAUUUUGGGAUUUUUUCGAAAUUUUUGGCUUUUUUUGUAAAAUUUUUGAUGAUUUUUUGAAAUUUUUUAAAAAUUUUAGGGAGUAUCUAGGAAUUUUGAGGACUUCUGAGCCCAUUUAGUGCCUUUUUACAAAUUCUUACAUUGAUUUUUCCAAGAACUUUGAGAUUUUUUCAAAAUUUUUUGGUCUUUUUCCAAAAAUUUUUGGCGAUUUUUUGAUUUUUGGAUUUUUUUGAAAAUUGUAAGUUGUGUCUAGGGAUUUUGAGGACUUUCGAGCCCAUUUAGUGCCUUUUUGCAAAUUUGGACAACGAUUUUUCCAUGAAUUUUGAGAUUUUUUCAAAAUUUUAUCUAAAAUUUUUGAUGAUUUUCAAAAAAUUUGCUAAAAAACCCCGUAUUUACUUCGUAUUUUAGCUGUUGCUCAGCUGCAUUCUUCCACGAUACGCUUAUCUGGUGGACUUCGACUAG